AUGUACUUCCAUUUUCUUUUUUUUUUAUUCUGUUUUUUUCUUUUUUUUUUUAAGUUUUUUACAACUAAUUCAUUAAUUAUUAAUUCUAAAUUAAGUUCUAUAGCUUUUUUAAAAACAAAUUUAUCUAAAUCGUAUUAUGUUAAUUUAACAGAUAAAAAAAAAAUACAUUUAAAAGGUAAGAAAAUAUAUGAUGAGCAUUUUGAAAAAGGUAAACUUAAAAAAAAAAAUGAAUAUGAUAAAACAGAAGAAAAAAAGAAUCAAAAUGAAAUAAAAUCAAAGAAGAAUAGUAACAAAUCUUUUAAAAAAAAAUAUUACAGUAAAUCAUUUAAACGGAUCUAUAAUAAAGUUGAAAAAGACAAAGAACUAAAUACAACUGAAGAUAAAAAUGAGGAAAAAAAAGUAAAAAGAAAAAUGACGAAGAAAAAAAAGUACAUAAAUCGAAAAAAGCUUAAGAAAAAAAAGAAAAAAAUUAAAAAAGAAGAAAAAAUUUUGAAUAUGUUUCAAAAUAACCUAAAUUAUUCCAUUGAAAAACUAAACAAAAGAACAAAAAAAUAUGAAAUAUAUAAAGAAAAUGAAAAUUUAAAAAAUAAUGUUUUAAAAAACGAAAUUCUUCAAAAAGUUUUAGGAAAAAAUCGUCCAAAAAAUGUGAAACUUCCCACCCCCCCAAAAAAAAAAAUAUUUAUUGAUGAUAUUAGUGAUAAUGAUGACCUCAAUGAAAAAAAAAAAAAAAAACUUACAAAUAUUAGUAAAAAAAAUAGUUAUGAAAAAUUUAGAUUUGAAAAUAACAAGAAUGAUAAUAAUAUAAAUAAAAAAAAGGAGGAAAAAAAAAAAAUAAAAAGUAAAAAUUAUUCUAAUUUUAAAAAUUUAAAUCAUACUAAUAAAAUAAAUUUAGAGAAAAAAAAUAAAGAUUUAGAACAAGAUAGAAAUUUUCUAAAAAAUGAUUAUCCAUUGGUUAAUAAAGGAAAAAAAGAAAAUAAUUUAAAAACGAAUAUUACGAAUAAUAAUAAAAAAGAGAUAAAAUUAGAUCGUAUUAAUAUUCAUUUAAAAAAAAAUGAAAAUAUUGAAAAAAUGGGUAAUGAGGAAAAAAGAAAAAUCAACGAAGAAAAAGUAAGUCACAAUUUGAUAAACAAAAAUGAGUCUGAAAAAAUAAAGGAAGAUAAAAUAAAUAAUGAAAAAAAAAAUGGAAAAAUUAAUAAAGAAAAAUUAGGAGAUGAAAAUAAGGAUGCCAAAAUAUCAACUGAAGAAAAAAUAAAUGAUGAAAAAAAUAAAAGUAAUAUAGAUAUACAAAAUAUUCUAAAAAUUGGGGACUCUAUUGAUAAUUUUAGAAGAGAAAUUACAAUUUCAGAUAAUCAAAAUAAAGAAUAUAACAAUAUAAAAAGCAAAUUAAUUAAAUUUGAUAGCAUCAUAGACUUAAAUGCAAAUAAAUUUGCAGAAAAAAAAAAAACAACAAGUAAUAACGAAAAUUUUUAUUUUAAAGAUGUAGGAAUUUUUGAUAAUUUUAUUAAUGUUUACUUAAAAUAUAAUGAAAUAAAAACAACCACGAAAUAUCAAAAAAGAUAUAUUCCUUUGAUUCUUUUUUUUAUUAAUAAUAUUUAUUACGAUUUACAAAAUUGUUUAGGAUAUUUAAAAUAUAAGAAAUUAUCAGCUAUGAAAAAUACUAAUUUUUUCUGUAAUAAAAAUAGUGAUUCAAAUUUUUUACAAAUAAGAAAUAAAGAUAAUUAUAUUAUAAAAAAUGAGGAAAUAGUUUAUGAGAAUAUAAAAAAAGAAAAAGAAAUAAAAGAAGAAGAUAAAAAAGAUGUGAUAGAAGACAAAGUAAAAGAUAAUAAUAUAACUAAUGAUAUAAAUUAUGACAAUAAAAUAGAACAAAUAAUUUAUGUAAAUAAAUAUAACGAUUUGAGCAAAAAACUUAUAAGAACAUUUUUUCUACAUUGUCCUACAGGAACAGGAAAAACACUCAUAUAUUUAUUACCAAUUUUUCAGUGUAUUUCUAAUUUUAAUUUUUUAGAAUAUGAAAUGCUAAAUUUAAUUAAAAAUGAUAAAUAUGUAAAAAACAUUUUAUUUGAUCAAAAGAAGAUAUUCUAUGAAAAUAAAAAUAUUAAUGAAAACUUUACUUCCUUUUUUUGUAUAGAUAAAUUAAAAGAAAAUUUUUUUAUUGAUUAUAAUAUGCAAAAGAUAAAUAAUAUUUUAGAUUACUUAAUUAAUAAGAAGAAGAAAAAAAAAAAAGUAAUAAAUGAAGAUGAUAGUUUAAAAAAUGAGAUAAAAAAUGACAAUCAUAAAGAACAUAUAUGGAAUGAUAACAAUAUAAAUGAUUUAAAAAUUAAAAAAAAAAAUGACAUUUUAAUUCUCACCUAUAAUAAAGAACUAGCUGUGCAAAUUUAUGAGUUACAUAAAGAUAUAAUUAACUCUUUUUAUAAAUCUUUUAAUUCAGAUUUUUUUAAAAAUAACGAUUCAUUAAUCUUUUCAAAUUCAUUGGAAGAAGAAGAAAAAUCUCUCAUUGAAAAAAUAAAUGUAAAUUUUAAAAAAAAAAUUAAUAUUAAUGUAUACCUAUUAAUUGGUGGAAAUAAUAUAAAAUAUCAAUUAAAAAGUUUAAAAAAAAAAAAAAUAAAUAUCAUCAAUGAAAACUUAGAUAGUACUGAUAACUGUAAUAGUGAUAAUAAUAUCAAUAAAUGCUCUGAUGGAAAUAGUAAUAAUUGUGAUAACAACAAUAAGUCUUCUGAUAAAUUACAAAAUAUUAAUAUAUAUAUAGGUACACCAGGAAGACUAGAUAAAUUAAUAAAUGAAAAAAAAAUCAUAAAAUUAAAAAAUAUUUCUACAGUUAUAUUUGAUGAAUACGAUUUUUUUUUUAAUUCUUUUAAAACUAGUGAUAGCAAAAGUAGUGACCAAAAAAUAAAACUAGAAAAUCCAUAUUUUUCUAAAUUAUUAAAAAGUAUUUAUUUAAAUAAUAAAGAAGAAAACAAAAUAUAUAAUAAAAAAAAAAUUUCAUAUACUAAUGUAAUAUGUUGUAGCGCUACUUCUGCAGUUUAUUCCUAUCUAACUUAUACGAAACAUAUAAUUACAACAAAUUUUUUACAAAAUUUAAGAUAUAAAAUUAAUAAAAAUAUUUUAGAAAACGAUAAUCUACAAAAUAACUUAAUUAUAAAUGAAAAAGUUAAUGAGGAAAUAAAUACUAAAAAUAAAAAUGAAUUAAUAAAUGAAAAUAAAGAUAUAGAGAAAAAAAAUGAAGAUUUAAAAAAAUAUAUAUCUUUUGGUAAUUACGAAUUGGAAAAAAAUACGUUAAAUGAGUUAUUUAAAAUAAACGAUGUAGUUAAAAUUCCAGAAAAUUUAAUACAUUUGAAUUAUUAUUAUGAUACAAAGGAUAAAAAAAAAAAAAAUAAUGCAAUUUUUAAUUUCCUAAAAAUAUUGUUUUCAAACCCAUUGAAUAAAAAUGUUUUAGUCUUUUGUAAUACUAAAAAAAGGGUUAUGGAUUUGAAGAGUUUAUUUAGAAAUCGUUUUGAUGUAGAUAUUCAGACAAUUUUUGGUCAUAAAGAAAAUGAAAAAGAAAAAAAAAGAAAAAAAAAGAUUUUCAAAGAUAUUAAUUAUGCAAACUUUUUUAAAAAUAAUUUAAUAGAUUAUAAGAAUUUAAAAAAAUAUGUAAACUUUUUAUUUAUAUCAACAAAUAUAUUAUAUAGAGGAAUAAAUUGUGUAGGAUUUACGACUGUUGUUAAUUUCGAUAUGCCUUCAAAUUUAACAGAAUAUGCCCAUAGAUGUGGAAGAAUAGGAAGAAUAAAUAAUAAAGGAACAAUAAUAAAUAUUUUUGAAAAAAAAUAUAAAAGAAAAUAUUAUAAAGAAAUUUUCAAUAAAUUAAAUAUAAAUGUUUUUGAUAUAGAUUGCUAUAUGAAUAAUAUAUUUACUUUAAAAAAAAAGUGA